AUGUCUCACACAACAUUUCCUCAAACAUUUCGAGAAAUAAUGGCUACUAUAUGUUUUAUAUUUGGUUUUCCGGGAAAUUUAUUAACAAUUAUUAUUUGUAUUAAAGCACUUCAUUAUCGGAAAAAAAUUAAUUUUGAACGAAAAAUAUUCGAUUUAUAUCUCGUUGAAAUAUCAAUUUUAGAUACCAUAUUAUUAACUUAUUGGGUAUUAGAUACAGCAGUUGUCCAUUUAUAUGAUUCAAAUUAUAUUCGAUUUCAAAAUUUAAUUAAUAUAUCAGAAUUUUGUUGUUUUUUUUUCUUCAUGCUAAAUCGUCUAUGUGCUGCACUUUGUUCAUGGUUAAUUAUGUUUUUUACUUUAAUACGUUUUAUACAUAUAUUUCGACCGUUAAACACUAUAAGAAGUAAUGUUAUACUUGUUAUAUUAUUAUUAGGCACAUUUGGAACGUUAAAUACUUAUCUAGUAACAUUUCUAAGGUAUGAAAAUCAAAAACAAAUAUUAAAUAAUAAUUUAACAACAAUCACAACAACGACAAAAACAAUCACAUUGACAUCAUGGCAUUUUCUUCCACUAACAACUGAAUAUACGAAUGUAACUUUAAAUCCAUUAAAACAGUAUAUAUGUUCUGUUGGUCGAGAGUAUGAACACGAUCGUUUACGAAACAUUCUAAAUACAAUAUUUACAGGCGUAUUUAGUUUAGCUAUUCCAUCGAUAAUAACGUUAAUUGUUAAUAUCGUUAUUUUGGCCUAUAUUCAACGAGUAUAUAACAUAAACGGAUUAAAUCGAAUAAAUAAUAACUAUUCAAAUUAUCGAUCAACACCAUUACUCGUCAUAUCAAUUACGUAUACACUCUGUUAUUUACCAUAUUGUAUUAUAUAUUUUUCACAAUUUUUAUUUUCUCCUGGUUAUGCAUUGUCUAUUUGUUCAAGUAUAGUAUUUACAAUUCGUUAUAUUAGUCAUUCAAGCAAUUUUUAUGCAUAUAUUUUUACAAGCUUAAGAUUUCGUCGUGAUAUCAAAUCAUUAUUUCGUAUGUUAGUCUGUGUGACUAUAAAAACAAAAGAUCAUGGACAUAAGAAAAAAGACAAUUAUUGUCAUCGAACACCACAUCAAGUAAUGAUAAAAUCUAAAAAUGUCAUUGGUGUGACUGGUCAGCAUGAUCGUCUACUCUCACUUCCUGCAACAAAAAAUCAUUUGACAUCCAAACGUCGUAUAGUAACAAUUCCUCGUCCAUAUGAUGUACAACAACCAUUGCGUUUCAAUCAAAUGGAAUAG